AUCACAGUUCAUAGUGAUUCAUCUCAUUUGUAGGUUACCUCAAAUAUUUUUUGUUUUGCAUCUGUCCCCUGGAUUUAAUUUGCUUUUAUUAGAUAGGGCUGACUUUUAGGGUAAAAUUCGGAAAUACAGUACAUGAUCUGUCGUCUGUAUAUCGUUUCAUAAUCUUUCCAUUACCAGACAAUGAUGCCUGAUGGCACAUUUCUGUUCAUACAUCAUUUGAUGCAUCAUAUCAUUUGUGUCUUCGCUGUGAGCACUUUUUUAUCUGGGUAAAAAUUACUCAGUUUUGUGUAGUGAUUUUACAAAUGACGUUGACUUGACAAAUAAGUCGGGCUAAACAUUUAUGUAUUUUACUGUAUUUGGAUUAAAAUUUAGAUAGAAACAACUUCUGUUUCAAAAACCUGCUUUCACUAUUGGACUUGCAGUUAAGUGUCUGCAUGCCUGUGGACUGGUGGGGCAUUAGGGGUGAGUCAGCCUGAACCAUAAAUGUCUGCUUUUUAUUGUACUUUAGGACAUGGAUGGUGUGAUGGAGCGGCUGUGCUGCCAGUUGACACCCUCUCUCAUGUCCUACAGAUAAACCUGCUGCUCUCUGUCCUUUAAAAUCUCUCACAUUCUUCUAACUGACACGAAUUGUGUUGAAUGCUCUGUGCAAAUCAUUAUCACUUUAAAACCUCUCCGCUUUUUCUUUCCUGUUUGACAAAAUUGCAUCUUCCUGUUAAGGAGGCAAAAGCCAAAAUCAGCUCAGCAGAAAGGCUCAAUAUUCUGUUUAGUCCAAGUUGGUGGCUUAAUAGCAGCUGCCUUAUUGACAUGGUUUUCCCCUUCUGGGGUUAAAUUUAGGUCAGGGCAGGAGAUUGUGACACCACACCUCAGCUGUACAUGAAGUUGUUUGGCAAAGGUCCAUUUCAUUUCAAUUUUUCCACCAGUGAAUAAAACCAACCACAUUCUGGGUGCACUGACAGACCUCCCUGUUUGUCCCUCAGCUAUCAGCUUUUUCUUUUUUUUCAAAGUUUUUCCGAGAGAUAAAUAGUGUUAAUACAACUUUGAUGAAGGACUUUCCAAAGACCUUUGUUCAAGGUUUGGCAAACACAGGGAUCCAUGCAGGCUAACGUCACAGAUGGUCUCAUAGAAAAAGCCCAACGUUGACUCAAGCCUCUUUUGAUAGUGAGACGUUUUGUUUGAAAAGGAACAAACUGGGUCAUUUUCGCGUGUUGUUUAGUGCACAGAGACUUUUUAUGAUGGUGGCACUCUUUCUCACUUCAUGCAGUUUUAUUCGAGCUCUUAAUUAAGAAACAGGAUCUUCAAAACUCAAGAGAGUCUCACUACCUCAAGAACAAAACUUGAGGAAGUUACUUUAACAGAGAAGAGCCAAGUUUAUGAGUCAUGGAAGAAUCCACCUCCAUCUUAUUUGGAGUAUUACUUCUUCAACGUGACCAAUCCAGAAGUGUUCAUGGCAGGUGGGAAGGCAUCUGUUAAACAGAUUGGACCUUAUACUUACAGGGUACACAGGCCACGGGAAAAUGUAACCUUCCUGGAGAAUGGCACCAAGGUUUACGCCUUGAACCCAAAGACUUUUGUCUUUGUGCCUGAGAAGUCUGUUGGAGACCCACAGGUUGACAUCGUCAGGACUGUCAACAUCCCAUUAGUGACGAUAAUGAACGAGCUGCCCUCCUACUCCUUCUUCUUGCGAACUAUUGUUUCCAUGUACAUAAACAGCCUGGGUAUCGAACUGUUCAUGACCCGCACUGUGCACGAGGUUCUGUGGGGCUUUGAAGACCCUCUUCUCACAAAACUCCACUCCAUGAAGCCUGAAGUAGAUGAAUAUUUUGGGCUUAUGUGGAAGAAAAAUGGCACCCACGAAGGAGAGUUUGUGUUCCACACCGGUGAGCAGAACUACUUGGAUUAUGGGAAGAUCGACACGUGGAACGGCAUGAGGGAAAUGUCGUGGUGGUCAUCCAAUCAGAGCAACAUGAUCAACGGCACUGAUGGCACAGUUUUCCACCCGCUGAUAAACAGGGACGAGUUGCUCUACAUCUUUGUUGCUGAUUUAUGCAGGUCUAUUCAUUUAGCCUAUGUGGAAGACGUGGAGGUGAAAGGCAUUCAAGCGUACCGCUUUGCACCCCCUAGUGAUGUCCUCAUGAGCCCCAAAAACAACCCCACCAAUGCGGGCUUCUGUGUGCCAGCUGGUGACUGUCUCGGCACCGGGGUGCUUAAAGUCAGCGUUUGUCGAGAAGGCGCUCCUAUUGUGGUGUCCUCCCCACACUUUUAUCAGGCUGACCCUGCUUACAUCAACGCCAUUGAUGGCCUAAACCCCAAAAAGGAGGAGCACGAGUCGUAUCUUGAUCUGCAGCCGACGACAGGAGUUCCCAUUCGUGCCUGUAAGAGAGCUCAGCUCAACAUGAUUCUGAAGAGAGUCCAAGGCUUUCCCAAAACGAAGAACAUUACUAAGACCAUUUUCCCCAUCAUGUUCGUCAAUGAAAUGGCGACUAUUGAUGAUGAGUCAGCAGCCCAGAUGAGGUCACUGCUCCUUAAUACUCCGCAAUACAACAGAAGCCUAAAGCCGAACAAAAAGAAGAACAUUACUGAGACCAUUUUCCCCAUCAUGUCCGUCAAUGAGGCGAUAAUGAACAAGCUGAACUCCUACUCCUUCUUCUUGCGAACUCUAUGGGGCUUUAAAGACCCUCUUCUCACAAAAGUCCACCCCACGAAGCCUGAAGUCGAUGAAUAUUUUGGGCUUAUGUGGAAGGAAGUUACUUUAACAGAGAAGAGCCAAGUUUAUGAGUCAUGGAAGAAUCCACCUCCAUCUUAUUUGGAGUAUUACUUCUUCAACGUGACCAAUCCAGAAGUGUUCAUGGCAGGUGGGAAGGCAUCUGUUAAACAGAUUGGACCUUAUACUUACAGGGUACACAGUUCACGGGAAAAUGUAACCUUCCUGGAGAAUGGCACCAAGGUUUACGCCUUGAACCCAAAGACUUUUGUCUUUGUGCCUGAGAAGUCCAUCGGAGACCCACAGGUUGACAUCGUCAGGACUGUCAACAUCCCAUUUGUGACGAUAAUGAACGAGCUGCCCUCCUACUCCUUCUUCUUGCGAACUAUUGUUUCCAUGUACAUAAACAGCCUGGGUAUCGAACUGUUCAUGACCCGCACUGUGCACGAGGUUCUGUGGGGCUUUGAAGACCCUCUUCUCACAAAACUCCACUCCAUGAAGCCUGAAGUAGAUGAAUAUUUUGGGCUUAUGUGGAAGAAAAAUGGCACCCACGAAGGAGAGUUUGUGUUCCACACCGGUGAGCAGAACUACUUGGAUUAUGGGAAGAUCGACACGUGGAACGGCAUGAGGGAAAUGUCGUGGUGGUCAUCCAAUCAGAGCAACAUGAUCAACGGCACUGAUGGCACAGUUUUCCACCCGCUGAUAAACAGGGACGAGUUGCUCUACAUCUUUGCUGCUGAUUUCUGCAGGUCUAUUCAUUUAGCCUAUGUGGAAGACGUGGAGGUGAAAGGCAUUCAAGCGUACCGCUUUGCACCCCCUAGUGAUGUCCUCAUGAGCCCCAAAAACAACCCCACCAAUGCGGGCUUCUGUGUGCCAGCUGGUGACUGUCUCGGCACCGGGGUGCAUAAAGUCAGCGUUUGUCGAGAAGGCGCUCCCAUCGUGGUGUCCUUCCCACACUUUUAUCAGGCUGACCCUGCUUACAUCAACGCCAUUGAUGGCCUAAACCCCAACAAGGAGGAGCACGAGACGUAUCUUGAUCUGCAGCCGACGACAGGAGUUCCCAUUCGUGCCUGUAAGAGAGCUCAGCUCAACAUGAUUCUGAAGAGAGUCCCCGGCUUUCCCAAAACGAAGAACAUUACCGAGACCAUUUUUCCCAUCAUGUUCAUCAAUGAGAUGGCAACUACUGAUGAUGAGUCAGCAGCCCAGAUGAGGUCACUGCUCCUUAAUACUCCCCAACAAAACAGAAACAUAAAGCCGAAAUAAUUUUGCUUGUAGAUGAGUAAAUACCUUUAUUUCUCUUUGCCAGAAAUAAACUGAUCUGAAAGAAGAUGUUCCGUAUGAGUGCGAUUUCUAUUUACAACUAACAUUAGUUAACACUAUUACAUUGCAAAUCCAUCUUUGUAGACAGUGCAAUAACACUAAUCUAUCUAUCUAUUGAUCAGUUUUGGAAAUCCCACAAAAAUGAAGCGUUAUGUUUGCUGAGUCGUGACGUCCGACGACGUUUUGUUACUCCGUAACUAUGGUAACAAGAAAAGCGCCUCGAAUGGUCAUCCAAAGCAAAACAAAAAAACCAACAAGUAAUCAAAAGGCAGAGAAAAACUUUAGUUCAUUUGCUAAAACAGCACAUUAUCAUCUGAACGGAACACUGGUUAAAACAGCUUCUUUUGCUUUCAUGGUGUUUCUGCCAAGGUGCUGUACAGCACACAAAUACUCACGAGUACUGGUUUAUUUUACUGCCAAAUCUCUGUGUUUAAUUUGCAGUGAACGUGUUGAGGUGCUCAAAGAGAGGAGAUCACAACUUUCUUUCUCAGAAGCAGGCAAAAAAGAAAAGAAAAGAAACACACAAUCACAAAAGCUGUAUGGCCAAUGUGAAGAGAGCAAGUUUUCAUGCUCAGGAUGUUUGGGUCAACAUACACAUGUGAAUCAAGCUUUUCACACACAAACUUGAUAAAAAGCAGCUCUCCUUGUUCACUGACUGACAGUACUCUUCACCGUUGUCUUCAGAUUGCACUGAUAUUUUAUGAGCUAAAAGUUAGAAUAGAAUAGAA